GAUUGAGAAAUGCCAACGACCAAUUGGAUCAGAUCCAGAAGAGCCUGGAGGCAUACUUGGAGACGAAGCGGGCCUCUUUCCCGAGAUUUUACUUCCUCUCCGAUGACGAGCUGCUUAGCAUCAUGUCUCAGACAAGGAAUCCGGAAGCGGUCCAGGAGCACCUGGGUAAGUGCUUCGAUGCAAUCAGCAAAGUCACUUUCACCGAGGACAAGAAGAAAGACAUCGUCGACAUGAACGACAUGAUCAAAGAGAAGGUUCACUUCGUCAGCCCAGUGCAGACAAUGGGCUCUCCGGUCGAGCGGUGGCUCGGCCAGAUCGAAAUGCGCAUGGUGGAGAGCCUUCAAGCUCUGACGAAGGCCGCCGUGGAAGCAUACCCAGAGGAUGGUAUCGUCCGGAAGGACUGGCUCUUCGGACCGUUCCCUGCGCAAGCAGCCCUGGCCGUUGACCAGAUCAUGUGGACGAAGUGCGCGGAAGACGCGCUGAACCUCGUGGAGAAGGGGAACCAAGAGGCGAUGCGGGCCAACAUCAACUUCACCAACAAGCAAUUGGAGCACAGCGUCGAACUCGUGCGCUUGGAUCUGACGAAGCUCCAGCGAGUGCUGAUGGGCGCGCUGAUUGUCUUGGAUGUCCACGGCAUCUCCGUCCUGGAGCAGAUUGACGCUGCGAAGUGCAGGUCUGUCAAUGACUUCGAUUGGAGCAAGCAGCUUCGAUACUACUGGGCCAUGGAGGAGGUGCUGAUGUCAGAUGGGACACGCGCCUCCGAUACGUGCAUCGUCAAGCAAACCAUCGCCAACAUUCGGUACUCCUUCGAGUACCUAGGCAACACUCCACGUCUGGUUGUCACGCCCUUGACAGACAAGUGCUACAUGACGCUGACCGGCGCUAUCCACCUCAAUUAUGGAGGUGCUCCUGCCGGACCCGCGGGCACGGGGAAGACCGAGACCACCAAGGAUCUGGGCAAAGCUCUGGCGGUUCCCGUCAUCGUCUUCAAUUGCUCCGACGGCUUGGACUACAAGAUCAUGGGCCGCUUCUUCAGCGGCCUGGCUCAGGCCGGCGCCUGGGCUUGCUUUGAUGAGUUCAACCGCAUCCAGGUGGAGGUGUUGAGUGUCAUUGCCCAGCAGAUGCUCACGGUCACCCACGCCAUCCGGGCUCGCAAGGAGACCUUCGAGUUCGUGGGUCGCGAGAUCCCGCUGAACCCACGCUUCGGCGUUUUCAUCACGAUGAAUCCCGGCUACGCUGGCCGUGCUGAGCUGCCGGACAACCUGAAGUCCCUCUUCCGCCCUGUGGCCAUGAUGGUCCCUGACUACUGCCUCAUUGCGGAGAUCAUCCUCUACUCUGAGGGCUUCGGAAGCGCCACGGCCCUCGCGCGGAAGAUGGUGAACCUUUACAGCCUCUCCAGUGAGCAGCUCUCCAAGCAGGACCACUAUGACUUCGGCAUGCGAGCUGUUAAGUCGGUCCUGGUCAUGGCCGGCCAGCUCAAACGCAAAUACCCUGCUUUGGUGGAGGAUGUCACUUUGAUCCGUGCCUUGCGCGACUCGAACGUGCCGAAGUUCUUGUCGUUCGACCUGCCGCUUUUCUUCGGAAUCAUCAGUGACCUGUACCCAGAAGUGGACGUUCCUUACGUGGACUACGGGAGCUUGCAGAAGGAAAUCGAGAACCAGCUGCGGCUUUCGAAGCUGCAGGUGGUGCCCUCCUUCGUCGGGAAGAUCAUUCAGCUGUUGGAAACCCAGCUGGUGCGUCACGGCGUCAUGGUGAGCCUUGGCAGUUGCAAUGUUCGGAUCUGCACUAGAUCCCAGGAUAACUUUCUCGGCGCAUGCCCGCAAAGUUCAACGCCUAUCCGAAGCCCGAAUCCAGCACCCAGAACUAUCUGUUCCCUCUUUUUCGCGUCUUCGGGGAUUUCAUGA